CAGCGCAAGUGGCACAAAUAACAUUUUCAAACAAAUUGUAAGCCUUGGUUAAAUUAUUGAUUUAAUGCAACAUAUGCUUAAACAACAAAUAUUUGCCAUUAACUCGAAACAUAUACAUACAUACUCACUUAUAUACAUAUGAACGAACGCCGCUGUUGAAGGCUUCAGCGGUAGCUGUGGGAAAAAAUUACAUAACUUCUUAAUUUAAUUUUAUUCCAAAUAGUUGGGAAAAAAAUUAUAUUUUCUGCAUACAUAAGUAAGUUACGGAUUAAGAAAGCAUCUUAAGUUUUACGAAAAUUACAUAAGUUUAAGUGUGCAAAGAAAAACGCAAUUUAUUCCAACGUCAUGUCGUAUGCGGAAAAGAACCCAAAAAGUAUUCUCCUAACCACAAAAAAAAAUAUAUAGAAAAACAAAAACAAACUCCUUGCACAACGUUUUGGUCCAAGUAGCGUUUUGUAUUCAUGCGUUCAAGUUCAUUUUUCCAUGCAGGACAAAAUUCCGAUUUCAGUUAACAGUUACAAAGCAGGCAAGCACAAAUACACUCAAACGCACGCGUCGCGUCCCACCGCGCGCCCUCUUCAGCUUAUCCAGCAACCGCGGCGCAUAACAACUAAUUAAAUUGCCAAGUGGUGACGGAGCUAACCGAGACCUACUAUCAUUGACCGCCAGUCGCACUCGCAGUCAUCGUUGCCAGCAGUCAAAACACAGCAGCCCAGUCAUCGGAUAACGACAGCGGAAUACGCAAACAAUUUGAAUUGCAGAUUGUUAACAACAAGGGAUCAACGGCCACGCCAACGGCAACGGCAUGUCUGCGGCGCGUUUACCGUACUAUCAACAGAUGGAUUCCAUGGAGCCCCAGCGGCGUGGACGCAGUGGCAGUCGUGGACGUGGCCAACGCAGCGGCUACUACAAAAGUCAUGGCACGCGGGAUCGCAGCCGCUCUAUAGAGCGUCGUCGCUCCACUGAACGACGUCGCUCUACAGAACGCCGUCGCUCUACAGAGCGUCGCCGCUCCACAGAACGUCGCCGCAGUCGCAGCCGCAGCCAGCGAAGGCGCAGUAGCCGCGACCGUGAGCGUCGCCAUCAUCAGCAGCAGCGCCACAGAGAUUCACGUGAGCGCUCUCGUGAUCAAGAACGAGAUUAUUCCAAGCGUGGAAAUUACCACCAUCACAGGCGUACACGUACGCGGAGUCGUACCCGUUCUCAAUCUCCGGCUGCACAGAGCAACACCAGCAGACGACAGCAUGGUAGAUCGAGAGCAGAUUCAGAGCAUGACAAGAUCACUGGGAACAAGCAGUUUAAUCACAAAGUAGGUCCUGAAGCUAGCACAAGUUUUGGUGGUCCAAAAUACAAUGCCAUGUCAGCGGUAGGCGCUUACUAUAAUUUAGAGCUGGACGGACCAGUCGACAAGGAGCGCAUUCAUCGUGAAAUUGAGGAAAAGCUUCGUGAGACAUUGGCGCGCGAUGGCAAAGUUUACCCGCCGCCUAAACCGGAGCCAUCGCAUCCGGUAUUUGCCAACGAUGGCUCGUUCAUGGAACUCUUCAAGAAAAUGCAGGAGCAGCAGCAGCAACAGGCUCCCACAGAACCGGUCGCCAAUUCAGCUGCCAUAGAGCAACAGCGAGAGCCAUUGGGUCAUUUAGAAGCGCCUACGGGUGCGAAUCAAUUUGGCGCAUUGCCAGCUAUUGCAGUUGGGGCAGUAAACAGUGCUACCGCUCCAUAUAUUGCAGCAGCCGCUGCUGGAAAAACGGCGCCUCCGCCACUUCUAGUGGGUCGUCGACGUGGUGGAAAAAUUUUAAAGACCGGUGUGGUGGCUAAGCUGAAGACGCCAAAUGAACGGGAUGUGGAUCCAAAGGAUUUCUGGUCCCUCUAUUUAGCCGAAGUGGAUAAAUAUAAAAGCAAUACCUGCGACACGGACAAUGGCAAGCGGCCUUUGGUGAAGUAGACGGUGAUCGGAAAAUAACUCCCGCACUUACAUAUACACUUACCUUAAUCUGACGAACACAAACAUAGCGUAAGCAACUUUGUAUAGAAACUAAAACCCCAUGAAAAUUUGAACUUGAACGCAAACGACACCAGCUACAUAUAUAGUGAGAUAAUUAAACAA